CUUGCCACCUUCGUCCUCCCCAGCUCGCUCCGUCCAUAGUCACUCCAUGAAGCAGCAAAAGGCAGUUUCCCCUUUGCCUGUCAUCUGAAUGCUGUCUGCCAAUUGAAUUCUCCCGUUGCGCCACGCUCAAGAUCACAGACAAGAGCAAACACACUCCCUCGUCCUUCCUGCUGCAGUGUCGGGCUCAGUCACUGCUCACGGCAUCGCCUAUCUGUUCGAAGCGCAGGGACACCAUUCUUGACAGAAGGCCUGUCAUUGAACCGCUCAUUCAUCCACAUCAGUCACUUGUAUUGCAUGCACUAUGAAGUUUGGCAAGAGUUUUGAGAAGCAGCUCGAAGAUGAAGAUAUCCCUGCAGAAUGGCGCGCAGCGGCCAUCAAGUAUAAGUCGCUCAAGAAAUGCAUUACACGCGUCGUUCAAGAACUCGAAUCACUUGGCUUGAGGCCCGAGACGAUCAAGGAUCUGCUCGAUACCUCUGCCGCGCCCGAUGCCACACGUUCCUCAGGUGGCGCGAUUGAAUACUUAUUUGAUGGUACAACACGCUCCAUUCAACCCAAGAUUCGGUUUACGGUGGAUACGACCGGUGCGCAUAUGGCAGAAUUAUCCUCGACCACGCGAACGGCGCUACGUGAUUUACUGCAAAAGGCAGCAGCGAAUGCGACAUCAUCCAAAGGAGAGGAGAUGCCGUCGCUUGAUCGUGUUGCUUCACAUGGCUCCUCAUCGUCUUCUGAAGCGUUGUAUGAUCCUGUUCAGGGUGAAAAACUAGAAGAAGAGGUUGAACGGAUACGGCUACACAGACAACAACUCAAGCUCAAACGUCCGCCUGUUCUUGGGACUGCGUGCUCGAAUGGUGCAACAGGAGAUGAACCCUGUGCUGAGCAUCGCGAGUUGCAAACCAUUCAAAUCAAGCUCGAUUCGGAUCUCGAGUUUUUCGAUAUGCUGAGUCAAGAGCUCGAUACGCUCGAUGCACUGGAGGAGCGAGAGAAGCAGUCUGUUGCAAUCAGCAUCAAUCAGCUUGGUUCAGAAGUGUCUGCACUCGUACGACCGAAUAACAAGGGCAAGUUGAAUCCUGACCUUGAAGCAUGGCGGAAACUGUUGCGAUUGUAUGAAGAUGCUGGUGUCUUCCAACCUGUCUCCGAAUCGCAACGACGCUCCCAUACACCCGAAAAAGCAGCACGACAACUCGCGUGGUUUGCAAAAGAGGUGGAGCGAACGGGUAUCCUUGUGACGAAUGCCAAGCGUGGCAAUGCAAAGAGUCAAGCCCUGUACAAUACUUUCAACAUCCUCAAUUUGGCGAUCCUUCGACAAAUCAAAUUUCACAGCAUGAAUCAAGAAGCCAUGUCGAAGAUUCUGAAAAAGUUCGAUAAACGCACAGCAUUGACGGCAAGACGCUCAUUUCCUGACUUUAUGGCAUCUGAUCCAUUCUUUGGAAAAGGUUUAGCGCAAGCCAUGUAUGCUGCAAUUGCAAGCAACAUCCUCUCCAUUGUGCCACAACUCGACGACUACGCGUGUCCGGUGUGUACCAGCAUCACGGUCAAGCCGAUUCGUCUCGAUUGUGGCCACAUUUUUUGUGUGCGAUGCUUGAUUACGCUGCAACUCUCUCGCGAGAAGCACUGCCCCAUCUGUCGCAAACCGAAUGUCUUGCGCGCUGAUUCGAGUAAUAUUGAUUAUGCGCUGUUGAACUUUCUGAAGCAGUACUUUCCAGUGGAAGCGAAACAGAAGCAAAAGGAGAAUGAGCGGGAACAGUUGAGGGCUGAGAUGUUGGCAGCGGGGAUGGACCCUGACAAGUCAAGCGGGUGUGUUGUCAUGUAAAUUGAGGUUGGCAGGUCAAGAAUAGACGGAUGAUGAGGCUGCUUCUCCAUCAUUCAGCUUGUAGUCAUUGUAGGACAAUGUAGGUUUGUGGUAAGUAGCGGUCGACUGUGGAGCCGAAGCAGGGA